AUGCCAUAUCCGACGCCGGACCUGCCUGGCAUUUUAACUGUGACUCUUCAUGAAGCGGUUGGCCUAUCUAAAGGAACUGUUGACUCAGAGCCACAUGGCUAUAGAAAGUACUCUGACGGCUCCGAACACAGUCAUAAUGAGUUCAAAGGGAAUAUAUUUCCCUGCAUACACUGCAAAUUUCCCCAAGCGCUUGUUGAGUAUGACAAGUGCCAGAUACCCAUCAACUGUUACUGGGGAACCACGGAAAACCCCUCGUGGAAAGGGGACUAUGGCAAAUGCAAAUUCUAUGUUACACAAAAUACCGAGCUAAUCAUUUCCCUCUAUCAUCCAACUGGUUCUAAACUCAGGCAAGACGUGUUUCUCGGAUUAGCGCGAGUACGCCCCUUUAAUGCAUUAGGAGAGUCUACGCCAAAGUGGCUACCGAUUGAAGAUGGAAUUGGUAUGAUUCGCAUUAGUUAUGACUACAAAUCCAUGGAGAAUAAGACAUUGAAAGAGGUACAAUUUGACGGUCGGUCUUAUGAUGUAGGGUGGAGGCACUCCGGAUACAUCACUCAGAAUACAAAGGGCAAAUUUGAGGUAAUGUAUGCUGGGAAACAGUUUGAAAACGACAAGCUUUCUCUAUCCCAAGUAUCAGGCGGAUUGCCUUGUCGCAUUGACCAUCCUUUCAUAUACCCGACUGCAUUUUACUUCCAACUAGAGGAGCGGUUACAACUCAACUCUCCAUCCGCCAUGGGAGGGCACCUUUUUAAUCACCUCUUGGAGCAGCAAUAUUUUGACGUCGACAGAUCUCGAUUCUAUAUUGCUGAGAUUCUCUGUGCGUUGGAGUAUUUGCAUGAUAAACACCACAUCUUUGCCUGGUUAAAGCCUAGAAGCGUUCUACUGGACGGCAUGGGCCAUAUUGCGCUUUGUGGUUUCGGUCUUUUUAUCUCGGAAAUCAGCCAUGGGAGGCCUAGGAGGCAGCAUGGACUACCAGAAUACCCUGCACCAGAAUUACUACUUGGCCAGGGCGGAUAUCGGAUGGCAGAUUGGUGGACAUUGGGCAUUUUUCUAUUCGAAAUGUUAACAGGAUUUCCUCUUUUCUACGAUGAGGACCCCAAAAAGAUUGCCGACAAGAUCCUCAAUCAGACCAUUCAAGUGCCUGAGUCUUUACCGCAGGCAGCUCAGGAUAUUAUAACAAAGUUGCUCUGUCGCAAUCCCAAGCAACGGCUGGGAGCAAAGGGAGGCGCUUCUGAGGUUAAAGCUCACCCGUUCUUCGAGGGAAUUGAUUGGCAAACACUCAUCCAACGCAAAUAUCAACCCUCUUUUAAACCAAACUAUUCCAAUUCUUACCUUGAACAUCAUGGAGUGCCUGAAUCACUUGGACCGCCGCCCUCCCCGCCGUUGCUCCCUUUUAGCCUCACCCGACUGUAUCCAGAGCAUAGGAGCGAUACCCAGGCUACUAAAGCCCUUCAAAAGCCCGUCCAGGUGGACAAUAAUUGGGACCUCGUAUGGGAAGACUCUCAUCCCCAAGGAUUCCAUUUUUACAAUCGCGCUACAGAAGAGAAUUGGCCCAUCCUUUCUCAGAUUGUGGGAUCUAUCAUGCCUGAUGAUGUUGAACAGUCGGAUGAGGCCUAUGUCAUUGUUCCUGAUCAACGACAGAAGCUCGCCGCCCUCAAGGCAGCAUUGCAAGCUGGAUACGAUAAUGCCAUCUCACAACUACUGGAAUAUGGAGUAAACUUGAACGUCCGAAUCAUGGAUAAGUUCCGUGAAACUCCUUUAUUAUGGGCUACGCAGCGUGAAAAUCUUGCUUUAGUGAGGUUAUUCCUUGAAAACGGCGCUGAUGCGAAUUAUGGGACUUGUGAUCUCGAGGAUAAAUAUGCAUUGAUAGCCGCCGUGAGAACGGGCAACCAGCGGAUCGCAGAGGUUUUAUUGGAAAAGUCGCGUCGGGUUAUAUCCACGAUGGCUUUGAGCCUGGCUGUUGAUCAGAAUGAUGGGCCUAUGGCCAAACUUUUGCUUGAAAACGGCGUGAGGUGCGAAUUCGAAGAAACGGAUCGGCGGCCGCCGGAAGAACUAGAUCCCUUCGCGGACACCAUAUGCUGCGACUUUCCCGUUGGAGAACCAGAGGAGUUUAUUCAUCCACUGUUCCGUGCUGUCAUAUAUGGAAACGAGGACAUGGUGAGGAUCUUGCUCUCGUAUGGCGCUGAUGCCAACGUCGGCUAUCAUGGCCUAGAUUGGCAUGGAUUGAAGAUGGACCGGAAGGAGAGCAUUAAGUUUGAGUGCGGCAGGGUGAUACAUGUUGCCAUGGAGCUGAGGCAACAUAAAAUCGUGCAAUUGCUGCUUGAGAAUGGCGCAGACAUCAAUCUCGGACGACCUAUCUGGGAUGCAAGGACUCAUCACUGUAAGCCGGUUCCGAGAGAUGUUUUUCAAAGAGUAAGAGCCGGUUUAAGGGCAGCAGCGGCAGCGAGGGAAGAAAAGAAGACUGCAGUUGCUGCGUAA